AUGGCUGAUGGGAAAGAUUCAUCAUCCCUUCCAAACGAUGAUUACGCGAAUCCGUUCUUCCUUCAUCCGUCGGAUAACCCUGGUGCAUUCAUUGUCUCACAACCAUUAAAUGGCGAAAACUACAAUUCUUGGAGCCGCGCAAUCUUAAUGGCCCUUGGCGGCAAGAACAAAAUCGGAUUCGUCGAUGGCACGAUUCCUAAGCCAAAGGAAACUGCAAAAUCUUUCCAUUCUUGGCAACGCAACAACAAUAUCAUUGCUUCUUGGUUAUUAAACUCGAUCUCGAAGGAUCUUCAAGCAAGUGUCAUCUAUUCGUCUUCCGCCGCAGCCAUAUGGAGUGAUCUUCGAAUAUGUUUUCAGCAGCAAAAUGGUCCACGCGUUUUUCAAUUGAGACAUGAUUUGAUGACCUUGAAACAAGGUUCCCUUUCUAUCACUCACUAUUUUACCAAGGUCAAAGCCUUAUGGGAAGAAUUGACUGAAUACAUACCCCCACACACUUGUGAUUGUGGUGCUAUCAAAUCUUGGAUUGAUUAUCAUCAAUCUGAAUAUGUCAUGUUGUUCUUGAUGGGAUUAAAUAAGGGUUAUUCUCAAUUCCAAUGA